GGAAAAGGAAGAGGGAUAUCUUAUCUCUUUUCAUUCAUUUGAUUUAUUUUAUUUAUUUAUUUAUUUUCCUUUGAUGAACUCAGUGAAGUUCGGACAACUGACCGUGGUUCUCCCCUCUGCAGGAGGCGGAACCCCUAUUAGGGAGGAAAAAAAAACCCAAAACCUUAAGCUAAGGAAGCGCUUAAGCCCCACAGACCCUCAGCCACUUCGGAUCCCGGUAGCCCUCAGCUGCGGGUGUCAGUGCCAGUAAGCUCCUCCGCGCGGCAGGAGAAGCUCCAUGCCCUCGUUAGGCUGUGCUGCUGGGGCAGCAGCAGAGACUCCGCGCUUCCCGGCGGAGGUCUCGGAAGAGGCAAAACAGAGGGAGGAUCCGUUAGGAUCCAGGUAGAUCCAGCUUUUACCUCUUACCAAAAACCACAACCAGCAGGACCUCCGUCUCCUCCCUCCCUCCUCCCUCUAACUCCCUCCCUCCCCUGCCCCUCAGUGAUGAGAGACGGGCCAAGUCCGUGCGCGCCAGCAGCGCUCGCUGCCAGGGGCGGACGGAUCGCUUUCAUGUCACAGGGUGACUGCUAACCCUGCGGAAGCUCCCCGGACCGGGCUGGGGCGGCGGGAGGGCAGCUGCCCCGAGGUCGGGGUGACUGCCGACCCCGCGGAAUGCUGGCGGCGGGGGAUGCGGAGCCGACUGUGGACUAACAUGGGGGGCAGCCACUCCCACAGGGCGCCCGUGUUCGACGAGAACGAGGACGUUAACUUUGACCAUUUUCAAAUAUUGCGGGCUAUUGGGAAAGGGAGUUUUGGAAAGGUGUGCAUUGUACAGAAGAGAGACACCAAGAAAAUGUAUGCCAUGAAAUACAUGAAUAAGCAGAAGUGCAUGGAGAGUAAUGAAGUUCGGAAUGUUUUUCGGGAGCUACAGAUAAUGCAAGGCCUGGAACAUCCCUUCCUAGUCAACCUGUGGUAUUCCUUCCAAGAUGAAGAGGACAUGUUCAUGGUGGUGGACCUGCUGCUUGGAGGGGACCUGCGCUACCACCUGCAGCAGAAUGUGCACUUCAAUGAAGGAACCGUCAAACUGUACAUCUGUGAGCUGGCACUUUCCCUGGAUUAUUUGCAGAGAUACCACAUCAUUCACAGGGAUAUCAAACCUGACAACAUAUUACUGGAUGAGCAUGGACAUGUUCAUAUCACUGACUUUAACAUUGCAACCAUAGUGAAAGGCUCAGAAAAGGCUUCAUCUAUGGCUGGCACAAAGCCAUACAUGGCUCCAGAAGUGUUCCAGGCCUUUAUGGACGGAGGCCCAGGAUACUCAUACCCUGUUGACUGGUGGUCUCUAGGAAUUACAGCAUAUGAAUUGCUGAGGGGUUGGAGGCCAUAUGAAAUUCAUUCAGCAACGCCCAUUGAUGAGAUUCUCAACAUGUUCAAGAUAGAAAGAGUCCACUACUCAUCUACAUGGUGCAAGGGCAUGAUAGCAUUACUAAAAAAGCUCCUCACCAAGGACCCAGAGUGCCGUCUAUCAAGUCUUGCAGACAUCCAAAGCUCUCCAUACUUAGCUGAUGUCAACUGGGACGCUGUUCUAGAGAAAGCUGUGACCCCAGGCUUUGUUCCUAAUAAAGGAAGACUGAACUGUGAUCCAACAUUUGAACUUGAAGAAAUGAUCUUGGAGUCCAAGCCCCUCCACAAAAAGAAAAAACGACUUGCCAAAAACAAAUCCAAGGAUGGAACUAAGGAAAGCUGCCCCCUGAACGUACACCUGCAGCAGUGCUUGGAAACCGUUAGGAAAGAAUUCAUCAUAUUCAACAGAGAGAAACUUAGAAGGCAGCAGGAUGAAAGCGGGCAGACUUCCAGCACAGAAAGCAGAGCAUCCUUGCAGAGCCAUGGGAAGCUUCAAGAUGGGCGUAACAACAACUUGCUUGGACAUGGCUGCACAAGAGGCUGCAGCAGCUAGUGAGCUACAGCUUUCAUCUAGGGGUAAGAAAGGAUCCUCUCCCACACUCCUUCACACUCACCCCUUGGAUCCCAAGCAAUCAGUCCUCCUGCAGGAUACCCAGCUGAUGGCAAGCCCACAGAGAAACUGGCUGAGAACUUCCAUCUAAGACUCUGUUCUUCUGACUCUGCCACUGGAAAAAAAGUGACCCUCAACAACAAAAUACAGUUUUAUAAGUAAGUUUGACUUUCCUUUUCAAAAUCCUGGAAGAAAACUUGAAACAAUUCACUAGAAAGCCUCACAACUAUUGCCAUGUUCCUGGCCGCUUGCAAGAGACAAGUUGCACCGGGGCCAGCUUGAUCUUGAAGGCUUUACGCUAUCCUCUCUGUCUCUGUUAAUUAAAAUGAUCCAAUAUUGAAUUUUGUGGAACUGCUAGACACAGCUGUUUCCAAACAUCUGCUGUUGAGUUUAUAACAGAUGUACAUGAUGUAAAUACAUGAUUGUAAUGUCAAAUAGGAUAAACACUGAAUAAUUUCAUUUAACUACCUGAAGACCACUGGCAAUGUUGCAUCGUGAAUGUCUUCAUUUUGUACUUUAACUUCACGCAUUCUGCUCUGUAGUAAGAGAUGUGACCCAAGCCAAGUCAAAGUAUUGCUAGUGACUUUUGUGGAUGCGGGAUCAAGCACAUCAGCAGUGUUUCAUAAAUAUGACAAAGACUGAUGUUUACAGGCUGACUGAGCCUGAGCUGAAAAGCAGCUUAGUAAGGAGAGCUAAAAAACAAAUGAAGAAUUUGUUCAGAUUCACAGCUAAGUGUUAUAAAAUGUGAAGAAAUCUGUUUCCAUGGAUCUAUUCUGGAUAAGAAUUGUCUUGAAUAGAAAGAAACAUACAUUAUCCUUUGGUAUUGAUUACGUGAAAUCUCUUUUUUUUUUUUUUUAAGUAAAAAAAAAAAAAGAGCAUCCACAUUCCAUAUAUUUAAUACAUUUAUGGUAUUUUACAACUUGUACAUCCAUGUUUUGAUAAUAAAUGCAUGCUCGUUCUGUCCAAUUGUGCUUUUCUUUUUUAAGAGUUAUGUAAGCAAAUUUCAUUUCAAAUUUUUUAAGACAUAAUUUAAGACUUUGGAAGUGACAGGCAUUUUAUUUGUAAUAACCUAUUUUUACUGUAUUGUUUGUAAUCAAAUAGAUUUUAAAAUUUGGUUUCACAUUAUAUGUAAUUUUUGUCAAAAUUUUUUCAUAAAAUACAGAUUUUUAUUGCUCCAUGAAAUAAUAUGGUGUUCCUAUCAACAACUGAGAAGUUUUGCUAAAGCAGUAAGGUAAAAAUUUUACAUCUGUUAUAAGCAUAAUGUGGACUCACCUGAUCAAUUUUGGCACAGACUGAAAUCGUAAGAUCAAAGGGGUAGAGAUUCUUUGGUCCUAAAGAGGACAGUUUUCACUGCCCGGAAUAAACUGUUUCAUGAUCAUCACUUCUUAUAACGAUCUUUUUUAAAAAUUAUUAUUAAUAUUUUUUUUCACUUUGGAAGUUACAGAAUGCGUAACAUUCUAUAUGACACCUGGAAAAAUCUAUUUCUCUGUUUCAUUUACAAUGUAUUAUGGUCUUUCAUCUUAAUCCUAGUGAGAAAUGAAAGUUUGUAUGCGAGCAAUCCUAAACAAAUUAAUGGCGAUUCUCAUUUGCGGGAUCCAGGCUGUAACAGAUAUUACAGAAUAAAGAAAUGAAGCUUUAGGAGGCAAGGACAGUAA